AUGGCCGCUGUCAUGACACAAACCCAGUCCCCGCGGGCACUGCUGAAGCUGGAUUCGAAUGAGGCCCAACAGACCGCCGCGCAGCCGUUGCUUAAUAGUGUCUUCGACAUCACCCCCGAAACUGCACUGAGCCUGCUCUGCCACAACAUCGAAUACCUGAACACAUUCUUCGCGCAAACGUCCGAAGAUGACUCCUACAGCUCUACCCCGGCGGAAAGUCAGACCCCAGGAGAAGGAGAGGCUCUGCCGGUCCACAUCGCGCAUGUGCAUUUUGGAGAGGACCGCGCACGAGCAGAAGCCCUUCAGCUCGGAAUCAUCUCCCGGCGGUUCCUGUCGAAGAAAGUGCCCCCGAUCGCGCUACAGGACUACCUCCUGCGCCUACACCGUUAUUGUCCCAUGUCAACCGCAGUCUAUCUCGCUACGAGCGUUUAUAUUACCAAGAUGACCCUGGUAGAGAAGGUGCUCCGUGUCAAUCCCCACAACAUGCACCGGUUGGUCCUCGCCGGGUUGCUGGUAGCUAACAAGGCCCUGGAGGACCUGAGUUUUCGGCACAGUCGGUUCGCUAAAGUGGGUGGCGUCAGCAAUCAGGAGCUGUCGAAGCUGGAGAUCAACUUUUGUUUCCUGGCGGACUUUGAGCUUCGCGUGGAUGAGGAGAUGCUGAUGGAGGAGGUGCGCGUGCAGGACCGCCGAGCGGCGCCGUCGGCGGAUUCUGAGCCGAACAGCUCCAUGUAUGUGAACAACAACCAUAACAAUGUACUAGAAUAA